GUUCGAUUAUCAUGUAGUCGCUCCGUUCCCAUUGGCCAGUAUUUGCUGCCAUGUGUUCGCCGGCAGAGUUGCAAAGCAUUGAAAUUGAAGCAAUGCGAAGUGCGUGCUCUGCAUCUGACCUUCAGGUUUCCUUCCGAUACUCGGAUACCUCAAGUAGAGGCACAUUCUGUAUCUUCGCGGAUCUCCCUGGGCACAGUCAAUUGUAUCUCCACGCCCCGGCCUCAAAGCUACAAGUGAACAACAAUUUUAUCAUCGACAAGCUCGCCGAAAUGUGGAUAUAUGGAUUGAAACACUUACCUCCGAUAUACCUCAAAUUUCAACUCCCCCCAAAUUAUCCUGGUAGUGAUACGGACCCGGUCGUUCCGGAACUCUUGUUAGAAUCCGCUUGGCUCCCAAAAUCUGUUUUAUCCCACUUAACUGAGCAACUUAACAAACUGAGCCUUUCAAGUCCUGGCGAGUUGAUACUAUGGUCACUGGCAGAAUUUCUCAGGAGUGAAAGCCACCAGUUUCUCUUGAAUGGUCAGGCUCCAAGCUCUACAAAAUCCACACAUCUCGACCUGUUCCACUUUUACGACUGUUAUCACGAUGAAGUGAGCCUAUCGCUCUCUCAGUGCACAGAACUGCUUAUAUCGAAUAAUGACGACAGACUGGAUGCGGAAUUCUAUCGAACGGCGCGAGAGUGUCCUGUAUGCUUGGAAACCAAGUUGGGUUCGAAUUUUUUCCGCUUUCAUGUCUGCCAACACGCUGUUUGCUUAGAGUGCGUUCGACAGGCGUUUGUUCUGGCCGUGGACAGUGGCUUGACGGCACAGCAGCUGGGUUGCCUUAUCUGUGAUACGACCGCUGGAGUAAAUGAGGCACGCUUCGUUCUUCCACCUGCUACCUUCAAACGUUACGAAGCGCUGUUGCUCAAUCGGAGUUUGAAUAUGAUGUCAGACAUUGCAUACUGUCCCCGAUCGACUUGUCAGAAUAUGCCCGUGAUCCUGGAUGAUACAGACUUGGGCCGAUGCACCAACUGUGGCUUUGCCUUUUGUCCUAGAUGCCUUCGGCCAUAUCACGGCGCAGAUCAGUGUGUAGUCCCAGCUGGUAAGAAAACACCUUCCAAGGAACCUGAUGAGUUAACAGAAGAAGAGUUCCUUGCCCGAGAAAAAGAGAAUUGGGCAUCUUAUGACUAUGUAGAUGAACACUGCAAAUACUGCCCUGGCUGUUGGUCGCCAGUCGAGAAAGAUUCCGGGUGCAACAAAAUGACUUGUCCUUAUUGCCGAACUCGGUAUUGUUGGUUGUGCUUACAAAUACUCCACGGAAAAGAUCCGUAUGAUCAUUUUAGAUCUGGCGGGCCUUGUAAUGGACGAUUGUUCGUCGGUUUGGAAGAAGAUGAAGAGGACGGUGGCGAAUGAUCAAUCUUCAUCUAAACCUACUAUAGUUACUUUGCAUACUUAAUCUGUUUUGGUAAAUCAAGUGCGAUUUAUCCGUCCUUGUGAUCCAAACCUGUUUUCACAGCCAGUGUGACUGUUUUUUAUGUUCUCAUAUAAUACAAGCCUUUCGACGAG